GAGUCAGCAACAGAGCACACAUACACACUCGGUCACCGCAUCCUGCAAGCUCAAACAAAAGAAACUUUGUGCCAAUCGGCCAAAAGGACGAUUUAGAAAUGACCCAGGGACUUUGAACGCGUCACUAUCUGUCUUGAAUGACAAAACGAGUGUUGGACUAUGAGCGAAUUAUUUAUUGGUUAGCAAAACAGACGUUUUUGACGAGUUUUUGACACAUUGUUGGAUGAAAGUCUGCUGGCUUUGACUUUUUUCCCAUCGCUCAUCGUACGAAAAGUCGAGGAGGAUGGCGCUACAUCUCAUCUUUGGGCUUAUUCUUCUCAAAGUUGUCUUUGGUGACGCUUGCCCCAGUGGACAGUUCACUGAGUCGGGCGAAUGUUGUUCUGUGUGUCCUGCGGGCUUUGGAGUGUUAGUGGAGUGUGGAAAAGAAGAUACUAAAUGCACACCAUGCCCAAAGGGAACUUUCUCUGCCUCUGCAGACCUGGGUCCUUGCCUCCCAUGCUCACAGUGCCCGAGCGGCGUCCCUACAUUGGCCGCGUGCUCCGCCGUCGAAGAUACGCAGUGUGAAUGCGACACGGGGUUCUUCUACUUCCCAAUCUACGGCUUGUGCGCGCCAUGUUCCAAAUGCAAACGUGGGGAGGGGGUGGUGCGCGAUUGCGGCCCUAAAGGGGACACGCUGUGCAAGACCUGCGCCGCGGGAAGCUUCACCGAAGACUACUCUCACACCAAAGUGUGCCAGUUUUGCACCCAGUGCACGGAUGGCGAGGUGGAGAUCAGGCCCUGCAUGCCAAACUCGGACACACUCUGCAUGGAUAAAAAACUCCAUAUUCUAUCCCGCGACUCUCCGAGCUCGAAUGGUGUGGAGGAGGUGACGCCAGGAGGUGGAAGUUCUGCCCCGGGGACACCCAAACUCACUCCCCAGGAAGAGACGGGUAGCAGCAACAACAUCUUGAUUUACGUGUCCGUGCUGGCCGCGGUGGUCCUCGGCCUGCUCGUCUACGUGGCUUACAAGUGCUGGAGAUCAUGUAAACAGAAGAAGGCUCUGUCCAAGGCGCGCGCAGCCGAGCUGGGAGCGUCUCCAGAGGGAGAAAAGCUGCAAAGUGACAGUGGAGUUUUCCUCGACUCGCAAAGUCUGCAAGACAAUCAGCCCUGCAAAGGUACAAAAAGGGACAGCAAACAAGAUACCCGCCUGUACAUCAACCUGCCGCCUCACAGACAAGAAGAAGUGGAACGCCUUUUGCAGGAGGGAGCGGGCCGUGGCUGGCGGCAACUGGGCCAGGCUCUGGGGUACGAGGCCGAACAGCUGGACCUGUUUGGGCGCGGUGAGGCCCCCGCGCAUACGCUCCUCUCCAACUGGGCCCUGAAGGAAACCUCUACCCUGGGGUUGCUCUGCUCGGCGCUAGCUCGCAUCGAGAGGCCCGACGUGGUCUCGGCCAUCAGUAGCCCCGCGCAGGGCGUCUCGGUGGUGUGAUUCCGCAACCGCCCACGACCCGUAUACACAAACCCACUAUGACUAUGCAGCGUGCCAGUGGUUGUUUUGUGUUCCUAAAGUGUAAUCUGGUUUAAGGAUCUUCACACACAAGUGCCUUCAUCGGAAAAUUAUGUUAAACAGUCAGAUGCUCCAGUAACAAUUUCCUUUUGUUAUCAGCAAUAUUCUUAUUGAAAGAUCGUGCACUAGGAUUCUACAAUCAUACUACAGACAGACUGUUUAUUCAUUCUUUUGUCAGCUAACACAAAAUUGUGUGAUAUGUACUUGAUGAUGACAAUUCUAAAACUCUAAAACUUGACAAAUGAAUUUUCUUUUCAUUUUGGCAGCAAAUGUGAACUGAAAUUGCCAUUUUUACUUCACUUUUACUGGUUUUCACACAUUUACUCUCACAUAACUACACAAUUCCAAGUAGCGAUGCAUUUUUUUUCUUGGCACUAUCAUUUUUAAGACAAUUUAGAAAAACAUGAGGAGUCAGGCAGCACGGUGGGGAUGUGUAGUUAGCACGUCUGCCUCACAGUUCUGAGAUCACGGGUUCAAUCUAGAACCCUGGACUUCCUGUGUGGAGUUUGCAUGUUCUCCCCAUGCCUGCGUGGGUUUUCUAUGGGUAAUCCGGUUUCCUAUCACAUCCCUAAAACAUGAAUGGUAGGCUGAUUGAACACUCGAAAUUCUCCACAGAUGUGAAUAUGAGUAUGAAAGGUUGUUUGUCUAUACAUUCUUGGUUUGCAACCAUUUUGGGGAGUACCUUGCCUCCUGCCUAUUGUUAGCUGGGAUGUGCUCUAGCAUCCAAGCGAUCCUCGUGAGAAGCGGUACAGAAGAUGGAGGAAGAAUCUUUUCUUGUAGUUUCUCAAGUAGAAAUCAACUUUUAAGUCUGAAUUAUGAAAAUGAAUGCUUGUAUUCACAAUGUUUUUCGUCACAUUUGAUGUCUACAUAGAAGGCCAUUUUUAUUUUACACAAGAAAGAUUCAUCGUGAGCUCACGUAUGACAUUGUAGGAGGAAAAUUUUCAAAAGUAGAAUGCAUGCAUAAAGGAGAUUAUUGUGGCCAUAAAACACUUAAAAUGUCCUUAUGGUUGUUUGUCAUGUUAUAUUGUUUUGUUGUUGGUAUUUUUAAAUAACACCAAGAAUGUAGUAGUUUAAUAGUAACAUUACUUUGAGCGCUUCUUGACGGUGAUUGUAAAUAUCCCAAAUAUUUCGCACAGUAGCACGCUGUCCAAAGGGAUUACAUACACACAGAACAUCUUCCCUGUUGGGUUUUUGUAUUUAUUUUUACCACCAUUUUGAGUUUUCACUUCCAAGACGAGCUUGUGCGACACUAUUAGAUGCUUCAGGUCGUUUUCAUUGCCAGUCACGGUAGGGUUUUUUUUGUAUAUAUUUCAUUUUACUGUGCCUUAUUUUUGUGUUAUUCAGUAAAUAAAUGAUUUGUAA